UCAGUGGAGAGGAGCAGCAUUCAGCAGCUUAUACUGCAGACCUGCACAAUGAGAGACAACAGCUGUAAAGAAAGCAUAGACAAAAUCCUGCAAGAGGCUCCGACCGCAAGAAAAGCUCUUCUGGACAACCACAGCAAUCUGCACAAGGUGGCCGAUUACUGUCAGAGCAAAUACCUCAAUGUGGAGGACACGAGAAGUGUCAUUGAAGAGUCCAAAGCUCUCACCACGCAGGCCCUGGCCAGUGUCACAUACCAGAUAAACAAUCUGGCCACAUCUGUGCUGAAAAUCUUAGAUGCUCAGACGGUUCAGCUAAAUCAGAUUGAGUCCUCCGUCAACUUGCUGACUCUGACAGUUGGCAUGUACAAGGAGAAACUAGCCCGGAAAGAGAUCGGCGUGCUGACCAAACAGUCAAAAGUUCCCCGGACUCAGAAGGUGGUUCCCCCAGUGAGUGGCCUGGAGCCGUCGCGUGCAUACAGGCGGGUUCCCAUAUCCUACACCCGCUUGGACAAACUGGGCCACAGCCACUGGGAAGGCAGCAAAACUGAAGAGCCAAAAACAGACAAUGAGGACUCUGUGUCUGUACAGCUUGGCACACAGGAGACCAGCACCUUCAACUGGUCUUUUUUGGGAAUCGCAGUUCCUCCUCCAUCAGUGCCUGACUGGGUGGGUUCUAGCGCCUCUGCUCCACCUGACCUCUCUCCAGCCUCACCGCCUCCUUCACUCAUGUCUGACCGUUCCCCGUCUCUACCAGCCUAUCCCGACCUGUCCAUGCUGCCUCCUCCAUCUCUCCCAGAUGAUGAGAUGGGAGACGCUCCACCCCCACCACCUCCUCCCUCUCCUCCUCCACCUAGUUCUGUGUAUGGAGGUUCUUUGGUUCCCCCUCCACCACCUCCACCUGGCCAAAAUACCUCAUUAACUUCAGCAAACCCUCCACCUCCUGCUGGUAACAUGGCUAUUCCACCUCCUCCUCCACCUCCUCCAGGCAAUGUCACUGUCCCACCUCCUCCACCUCACAUUCAGGGCAAGAUGGCUGCUCCUCCUCCACCUCCUCCUCCUCCUGGCUCUUACAGUGGGUCAUCACUACCCCCACCUCCUCCUCCUCCUCCUCCUGGCUCUUACAGUGGGUCAUCACUACCUCCACCCCCACCUCCACAAAAUGCCUCCAUGGUGCCACCGCCACCUCCUCCUAAUACUGGAGGAAAAUUUAUUCCACCACCUCCUCCUCCACCUCCCCCAUUUUGAAUGUUGAUUUUGAAU